CAAGGUAUACAACAGGGCUUAUUCACCACACCUUGUCUUUUCAUUACAUGUUUGAAUAGUUUCGUCACUGACUAGAGAAGAAUGACAGCAGAGAACUCUCUGUUUCUCUGGUCGGCCCACCUGUACACAAUGUCGCUAGUUGGUUAAGUUUAAAACAUUCCAUCACAUUUAAGGUAAAGGGAAAUUUGACAUUUAAAGUGUAGGAUUUCCGUGAAUAUAGAGUGUGAAGAGCAUGAACGGCCAGUCAUUUCUCUAAAUCCGGUAUAAUGUAUCUUUAAACGAGAACAACAGAAAAUUUCGAAGAAAAAUACUCACAGUCUACCCAAUCUUAUUACUACAGUCCAUGCACCGCACCACCAUGUCUUUAUAAUGGGUCAUAUCCACAUGUCGUUUGAAUAUCAUGUACAUAAAAGUAUGUUAAAGAUAAAAAUAUGGCAACUUAGUGACUUGUUAUUACCACCACCACAGAUAUCUAUGAUACAGUCCGUGUAUGUACGGAGUUACCUCAUUCCACCAGCAGCCAAGAAAACAUUUGUGCGAACCGAGGAGGUUCGUGUGGAAAAUCUAGAAGCUCACGUUAAUGUUAAACCUCGGGAACAGAAACCACUUACCGGAAUACAACACAUCUUCACCCCUUCAAACUUUAAGUUUCUUACCCCCAUGGAAUAUAAUGGUGUAACCCAGGAUGUGAUUCGCGACCGAAGUAUUCAGAUUGAAGUGUGCAUGAUUCAGAAAACAACUCGUAAAAGUUUUCUUAUUGGAAUGGUAAACAUACCCCUGAAUAAAGCAGUGAAAAAAGUAGUUCGUGAAAAAAUACCUCUUAUACCUUGUCUGAAUUACACAACUCCUAACAAUAUGCGUGUUUACAGCGCAGCGGGGCUUGAACUCGAACGUAAUGGCGAAUCUUUCGAUUGCUCUCCGUUGCUACGUCAACUAUCUGGUAAUGGUGUUAGUGGUGUUAUAGUGCCCGAUGAAAAUUUAAUCAAACCCGUGUAUAUUAAUAAUAUCCGUCAUAAAAAUCAUAACAAUAAUGAUAUUUGUCCCCCAGGGGUUAAAGUUCAUGACAUUGACCGGGAGGAUGAAAUAGCAGUUGAUAUUGCAGAACGGGUGGCGCCAUCUCCUCCAUUGCCUCUAACAGGAAGUGGGUUAGAAACCGCAAAUCUUGGAGACAAAAAACUCAUUAAGGUCAACUUGAAUGACCUAGAAAUUAAUGACGUCAUUGCGUCCGCUAAUCAAUUAAAAGUGCCGCAUAUUAAAGAACCCAAGAAACCAGCCAUCGUUUACAAACCUGACACAGCGAAACAAAAUGGCAGCAAGUCUCCGGAAAUAAACACAAGAAAGAAACUAUCCGUGCCUGUUGAUUUGGAAAUUGAUGAUAAUAGUGAUAUGGAAAUUGACAGCGAGUUACCGGACCUGAAUGUGACAUCUCCUGCUGCCUCAAGACCAGAAACGCCGGUUUGGGAUUAUUAUGACUUUGAAUACGAGGCAGGAACAAAGCCAAAGGCUAAAAACUCCACGAGUUCCAAAAAAUCCACUUCUUCAGUCAGUUCCUGAUAGAAAUUGAGCAUAACAUGAUAAUCUCAUUGUUGAAAAAAACAGAACUGGCAGUUGGAUGUCAAAUCAUUUAGGGAUCUACUUGUACAAGAUGUUUUAAUCGUUUAUUUCAUCAAUGAUUCGUGAAUUUAACGUCUUUAACACGCAGCAUAGUUCCAGCAUUUGAAGACUUUGCCAUAUUAUGUUCGGUGCCAACAUGAGGAAACGCCAUAACCGAUAAAUUCCUGCUGAUAAUUUGGGCCUUAUUUACGGACCUCAUGGUAUAUCCCACUGUGUGUGUUAAUAGAGGGUUUAUGUCUAUCACCAGAUAAAGCAAUUACAAGUUUGGGGAAACUUGAAAUUUAAUUAAUAUGGAGCUAUAUACGAUAAUAACUUUUAUACAGAACGAUUGCCAUGAUUAUAUUUUUAUACGUUUACCUUGAAGAAUAUAUUAUAACCUGUGAUAAUCUUUAUGUAGAAACAAAAAUAUUUAUAGGUGUCAAUGUUUUAUAGCAAUUAAUAUAUAUACAAUAACAAAGAACAUAAUAUAUGUUUACAUUAAUCUUUAAGUGGCAUUUAGUGAUUGGGGUACACAAUAACAGAACACAAUUUUUUGGUGAUUGUUUCCCAUAAAAAUUGUGUUCUGUUAUGUUUACAUUAAUUGAUAGAAUGUCCAGUGAACAAUAAAGGAGGGCUUGUCGGACUCCUUUAAACUUUCAGCCACGGGAAAUUCACCAAAAUACGAUAGGACGCUUCCUUCUGCCUCAUUGAACAUUCCCGCCAAGUUUUAAAAAACUCCAUCAAGGACUCAAUCUUGUCGUGUAUACAAUUUUUAAAGUAAAUAGGGGGAUAACUCCACGAUUUGUGAUUAAAACAUCUUAAUUUUAA